GCAUUCAAGUUCAAAGCCCCUAUUACUAGGAGUAAUUCCAUUGCAUCAACACCAACUUCCUUCUCACCCUCUCCUAGUCCUUCUCUAUCAUCACAGAAUCUCAAGAAACCACACGUGUAUCAUGUGACAUCUUAUGGUGCAGAUCCAACAGGUAAUUCAGACAGCACUGAAGCUCUUCUUGCAGCCAUGGCAGAUGCAGUCAAAGGUCCAAGUGAAGGGUUCUUAAUGAAAGACAUUAGAGACCUUGGAGGUGCCCAGAUUGAUCUUGAGGGUGGAAAGUACUUGAUCAGCCAACCAUUGCAGUUACCAGUGACGGGGGUUGGAAACCUUAUGAUACAUGGGGGAACUAUAAGAGCCUCAGAUGAUUUUCCAUCAGAUGGACACCUCAUUGAUUUGUCAACAUCAGGAGAAGGCAAAUCCUACAAUUAUGAGUUCAUAACUCUCGAGGACCUCUUGCUAGACUCCAACUUUAGGGGAGGAGGCAUUGUAGUAAAAAACUCACUUAGAAUUACCAUAGACAAUUGUUACAUCACACAUUUCACCACCACUGGAAUUCUAGUCCAAAGUGGCCAUGAAACCUACAUUCGAAACUCCUUCCUUGGCCAGCACAUCACUGCUGGUGGUGACAAAGAUGAAAGGAACUUCUCAGGCACUGGAAUAAGCCUUCAGGGAAAUGACAAUUCAGUCACAGAUGUUGUAAUUUUCUCUGCUGCUAUAGGAAUAAUGGUUAGUGGCCAAGCCAACACUAUUUCUGGUGCACAUUGCUACAAUAAGGCCUCUGGCUUUGGAGGCACUGGAAUUUAUUUGAAACUACCUAGUUUGACACAAACUAGGAUUGUGAAUUCUUACAUGGAUUACACCAAUAUUGUUUCUGAAGACCCUGUUCAACUCCAUAUCUCUAGCAGUUUCUUCCUUGGUGAUGCCAAUAUUGUAUUAAAAUCAAUCAAAGGGGUUGUAAAUGGUCUCAAUAUUGUCGACAACAUGUUCUCUGGGUCAAAUCAUGGGGUUGAUAUAGUCAAGUUGGACCAAUCAAAUAGUCCUUUUAGUCAAAUUGAUCAAGUUUUUGUUGCUAGAAAUGUUGUGAAGGGUAUGAACUUAAGGGCCACAACUGCAAAGAUAUCUAUGCAUGGGAAUGGAACUUUAUGGACUAUCGAUUUUAACAAAUUUCUGCUUUUCCCUAACCUUAUUAAACAUGUCCAGUACUCUUUAAGUGCCAAUGGUAACACCUUCCCAAACCAUGCUCUCAGAAAUGUGUCCGAGAAUCGUGUUGUGAUUGAAACAGAUGAGGCUGUAACUGCAAAUGUUUUUGUCACAGUGGAUCAAGGCAUUGCAAGUUGA